GGCUCAGUCCGUUGACACGUGUGUCAAUUUUUAUUCUCAUAAAGUAUACUUUUUUUUUUUUUUUUCUUAUCAAUAAUAAUUAUUAAAAUAUACGUGGUUUAAAAAUUACAAUGAGUCAUACUGUAUUUAUUACAAUGAUAUCGAAAAUUUUUUUAAAUUAUUUUUGACACACGGUUAUUAUGCUGGUUGUUACUAACAAUUUUUAAUUUUUCAACUGUAUUUAUAACUGUGAAUAAAACGUUAAUUUAAAAAGUGUAAAAAAUUACCAAGUUUAUUAUUAAAAAUUAUAAUCACGUGGGGAAUGUUAAAAUUGAGUUGUAAUUUAAAAAUUUUUUUUUUUUGGAGUAAAAAUGGAAUUUGAGUUUUAAAAUAAAACUAAUCAUAUAUUUUAUUAUUUGUUAUUAUUUUUUAUGUAUUGUGCACGUGGAUAUUAACUUGUGGAUUGAAUAUAAAUUUUUGUAUAUUUGAAAUAAACAUAAAAAGUUUAUUAAAUAUUAUUGAUUUUAAAAGUUUUAUGUACAGUUAUAAUCUUGACCUUUUGAGGAGAUUUUCUAUUUUCACUAGAGAUUUUCUUGCUCGUUAAGGUGCUAGAAAGAGAAAUAGAAAAAAAAAAAAAAAAAGUUAACAAAGAAGCUGAGAGAGAAAGGAAACAAUCUGUUUUGUCAGAAAGGAAAAUAAUUCCUGGAAAGAGAAAAACAUCCUAUAUUCAUUUAUACACCGGAUGCUCGUAAAUUGUCGUGGUGUAUAAUUAAGGGUUUCUCAAGUGGCAAAACUUUGGCAUAAAAAAAUAUAUAUAAUAAUAAAAAAAAAAAAACCAUCUGACACGAUAUAAUCAAAAAAUUUUUAAAAAUAUUACUCCAAUUUUUGACAGAAAAAAAAAAAGAGUGCAUACAAAAAAAAAAAAUAAAUAUUUAUUUUAAAAAUUUGUGAAAGUGAAAUAAUAAUAAUUGUGUUUUAAGUGUUAAAUAUAUUUUUUAAAUAUAUUAUUAUUAAUUAAUAAUUUGUUAUAAAUAUUUUUAAGUGUAUUGUGAUUUUUAUUUUAUUUUUUCAAUUGAGUGUUAAUAUUGUUUUUUAUGUGAACAACUUGAACGUGAUAGUGAAUUUAACACGAUACUUGUGAUAGUGAAUUUAAAAAAAAAACCACUUCAUCAUUUGACAAAUUUUGCUGAAUUUAAUACAGAAUUGAUGAAACCAAAAUAAGCAUCAUCACGUGUUUGGAUAUAUAUUUGAAAUAGCCAAAAGAUAUUGAGACUCAAUAGUGUACUAUUUAGUUGAAUUGAGAAACAACUGAGGUCACGAAUUACAACAGGUGGUUGACAAGUUCAACUAUAAUUAACUAUAAAUUAAAUUUUUAUUCGAAAAAAAAAAAAAAACAAAUAGUUGAAAUUUUGAUAGAAUAUUCUGUCAUAAUAAUUUAAAAUAUAUCGUAUAGAUUGGAGUACCAGUUAAAAACAGACAUCGAUUGUUAAAGUGCCUUUACGACAUGCGGCUUAUUCAGAGAUUAGCUAUAACUGGUUUAUUGUCAGUUGUAGUUAUUGUACUAUUAACUGGUACAUUUGUUGCAAGACGUGAUAGUCUAAUUGGUGGUAAUGAUGAACUCACUGAUCAACUUAAUACAGCAUGGGUACAAGAAAAUGAUUUUACCGAACAAAAUCAUGUUAAAAUUGAUGAUAAAGAAAAACAAAUUGUUGUUAAUCCAAGAGAUAGAUCACAUAAAGUACCAUCAAGUAAAUCAAUUGGUCCAGAAAAAUAUCAAAUAAAUGAACCUAAACCUCCAUUAGAUAGUUUAACAAAUCAACGACGUGAUAAAAUCAAAGAGAUGAUGAAGCAUGCUUGGUCCAAUUACGUAACUUAUGCCUGGGGCGAAAAUGAACUCAAGCCAAUAUCAAAGAGAGGACACAGUGCAAGUGUAUUUGGUGCAACAAAAAUGGGUGCAACGAUAGUUGAUGCUCUUGAUACUCUCUACGUAAUGGGUAUGCAAGAAGAAUUCAAACAAGGACGUGAUUGGAUUGAUAAAAAUCUCAACUUUACUGUCGAUUCAGAAAUGUCUUUGUUUGAGAUAAACAUUCGUUUUUUGGGAAGUCUCCUGACGUCCUUUGCUUUAACUGGUGAUAAAAUGUUUCGUGAAAAGGCUUUACAAAUUGGUGAACGAAUGCUGCCAGCAUUUGAAACGAAAACUGGAAUACCACAUUCACUCAUCAAUCUUUACACUGGACGAAGCAGAAAUCAUGGUUGGGCCAGUAGUGGCUGUAGUAUACUUUCAGAAAUUGGUACAAUGCAUCUUGAAUUUUCUUAUUUGAGUGACAUUACUGGUAAUCCAAUAUUCAGAAAAAAAGUUGAACAAGUAAGAAGAGUAUUGAAAGAUCUUGAUAAACCAAAAGGUUUAUAUCCAAAUUUUAUUCAUCCAGAAACUGGCAAGUGGGGACAACAUCAUAUAUCUUUGGGUGGUCUUGGUGAUAGUUUUUAUGAAUAUUUAUUAAAAGCUUGGAUUCAAUCUGGCAAAGAAGACACUGAAGCUAAAAAAAUGUAUGACGAGGCUAUUGCUGCAGUUGUUGAACAUAUGAUUAUGACAUCAAAAGGUGGCUUGACAUAUCUUUCAGAUCUUCGUUAUGAUCGACCUGAUCAUAAAAUGGGACAUUUAGCUUGUUUUGCUGGUGGUAUGUUUGCACUUGGUGCUCAAGUAAAUGAAAAUGAAGUGUCAAAUCAGUAUAUGGAUAUUGGUGCUGAAUUAACAAACACAUGUCAUGAAUCAUAUAUUCGUAGUGCAACAAAACUUGGACCAGAAGCUUUUCAUUUUAUUGAAGGAAAUGAAGCAAGAAGUUUAAAAAAUGAUGAAAAAUAUUAUAUUCUUCGACCUGAGACAUAUGAGUCAUACUUUAUAUUAUGGCGACUUACAAAAGAUCAAAAAUACAGAGAUUGGGGCUGGGAAGCUGUUGAGGCACUUGAAAUGCAUUGUCGUGUACCACAUGGUUUUUCUGGUCUCAGAGAUGUAUAUAAAAGUGAUUCAAUAAAAGAUGAUGUACAACAAAGUUACUUUUUUGCUGAAAGUCUCAAGUAUCUUUAUCUACUGUUCAGCGAUGACAACCUCAUAAGCCUUGACGAUUGGGUAUUUAAUUCUGAAGCACACAUGCUACCAAUCAAGGGAAGCAAUCCGCUUUAUCGUCAAGCUCAGUUAUCCUAAGUCAUCAAUAGUAAAUAUUAAUAUCCCGUAGUUAAAAAUAAAACAAAAAACCAUUAAUUGAAUAAAACCCAAAAAAAAAAAAAAAACAGAAUAAAAUCAUAAUAGCAAUUAUUAUAAAAACAUUUAUGUUUGUGAAUGUUAUAUUGUGUGACACAAUGAGUCAUUGCUGAGUUAUAACGAAACGAGGCAUGAACAUACUCAUAUAUGAAGUAAAGAAACAAAAAUAAAAAAAAUAAAAACAUAUUAAAACGCCAAUCAAUGACCCAACUGAUUGAACAAUGGCCUCAAUCCAUACGUUCAAUUUUUAUUUUUAUUAUUUUAUAUUAUCAAAAUAACAAAAAACUAAAUAAAUUUAAAAAAAAAAAAAUAACAAAAAAACAAUUAAUAUACAUACUAAAGUAUUUAUAAAAUGUCGAUAACUGUGAAGUUGUAUUGUACAUAAAUAUAAGUGUGAAUGCAUUGAUGAGUAAAAAAAAAAUGAAAAAAUAUAAAUAAUUAAAUCAACUUAUGAGUGAAAUGAAUAUAAGAUAUUUUCACUCGUGCCUUGUAUCGUUAAAAUACAAAGUGGCCUAAAAUUAAAAACCAUAAAAAACCAUGCACGAUGUAAAUAAUAAAAUUGUUACAUCAAUAUUGCAUAAUUAAUUUAUUGUUUAAUUUAUAAAUGAAAUUAAUUAUGAAAAAGAAAAAAAUGUUUUUUAGAUGAAAUUAAAUGAAUUAAUUGUAUGUAAAAUGUGAGGAGCUUUUGUCGAGUCAUACUAUAUUAUAAAUUUUUAUUUCAAUUCAUUUUUUAUUGUUGAUAUUAUUUUAUGAUUUUUCAAUUUUUUAUUAACAAUAAAACAUCAAUAAAUUAUUACAUAAAUCUUCCAAAUAAUAAUUUUCAAAACAUCUAGAAUUUAAGAAUUUUUAAAGCUCAAUUUUUAAAUCAUAAAAUUAUUGUAAUUCAUCAUUAUUAUAUUUAUUUCGAUUUUUUUUUUUCAUCGAAAUACACUUUUAACAGCCAAUUGUUUAUAGUGCUGAUCGAAAGUUGUUGUUUUUUUUUUAUUAAUUUAUAUUUUUGUUCAUUUAUUAUAAUUUGACAAAAAAUAAACAAAAAAAAACAAUUAAUUUUGUAUAUUAAUAAUUAUUAUAUAUAUAAUAAUGAUAACUUUGUUUUUUUUUUUUAUUUUUUAUUUUACUGAGGACAAUUUCAUGGUUAAAUGUUUCGAAACAUUUAAUGAAAUCAGCGAUAAAUAUUGUGGCUGUAAGUGGGAAACGAAAUACACUUAUCAAUCAUUGUACGAUACUGCAAGAGAAAAAUGUAAUUAAGCGUUGCAAUUAUUUCAAUAUCGUCAUAAUGAUAAAUAAGACAAGAAAUAAUAAUAUUAAAAGAAAAAAAAAAAAAACAAUCAUUUGAUCAUAUCUCAUAAAAUCUUGUGAAUGUCCAAUUUCGUAGGUGUGAAUCGACAUAAUUAUGUAUUUUUGAGUCAGUUGUUGUAAAUGAAAAUCCAACUAACCAUUUGAAUCCCCGAAAAAAAAUUAAUAAAAGCGUGAAAGAGAGAAAUAAAUAAUAUGCUAUUUAAAACAAAAAAUGGUUAUAAAAGUUUGAAUAUUGAAGCGAUAAUUUGUACAUAAAAAUUUAAUGAAAGUCAUAUUCUACGCGAUAAUAACAAGUAGUUUUUUUUUUUUUUUGAUGAUACAUAGUGUGAAAAUGAUAAUUGUAUAGUUGUUGCAACGAAGUUAUAAACAGAAAAAAAAAUAAAUAAAAUUAAUCUUAUGAUAAGUAAUUUGAUUAAUACAUAAGAAUAAUUUACCCUAGAUUAUUAACUCUUACACCAAUGAAUUUUAAAA